GGCUCAGGGCUGUUUCUCCGCGGAUUGCCUCGUGGGCCGGCUGAGGUGCGCAUGCGCUCUGGUGCUUAACGGCUCUGCUGGGCUAGGUGCUCCUCCGAGCGGCUGGAGACUGGAGUGUCCCUGACGGAGGUUGCGGCUGGACCUGGUUACGUGCUGGUGCUGUGCUCCAGAGCGGCAGAAAACGAGUGGGAGCUGAGGUGUCUUGAAGCCGUCCCUCAGCCUGGGAGAAGAUCUUUGGCUUCAGGAUGGGGGUCAGGGAGUCGUUCCUGGGGGCCUGCAGGAGACGCAUGGCUACCUGGAGGGAGAAUCGUGGCAAGCAUGGCUUCUCAAAUCCUGGGUACCGAGUCCGGCAGAAGGAUCUGGGCAUGAUCCACAAAGCUGCCAUCGCAGGUGACCUGAACAAGGUGAUGGAGAGCAUCUUGCUCAGGCUGAAUGACGUGAACGACAGGGACAAGAAGAACAGGACUGCUCUACAUUUGGCGUGUGCCCAUCGCCGUCCGGGAGUGGUAGCUGACUUGGUGGCCAGAAAAUGCCAGCUUAACCUCACUGACAGUGAAAACAGGACAGCUCUAAUCAAGGCUGUACAAUGUCAAGAAGAAGUUUGUGCAUCCAUCCUGCUGGAACAUGGUGCCGACCCAAAUGUUAGAGAUAUGUAUGGCAACACUGCUCUGCACUAUGCCAUUGAUAAUGAGAAUAUAUCAAUGGCAGGGAAACUGCUUGCAUAUGGUGCAGAUAUUGAAGCAAGAAGCCAGGGUGAACAUACAUCACUUUUGCUUGCUGUAAAUAGGAAAAAAGAGCAAAUGGUGGCAUUUUUGUUGAAGAAAAAACCAGACUUAACUGCAAUAGAUAAUUUUGGAAGAACAGCCCUGAUACUUGCUGCUCGUAAUGGAUCAACAAGUAUAGUCUACCAGCUUCUUCAGCACAAUAUUGAUGUCUUUUGCCAAGAUACAUCUGGAUGGACUGCAGAAGAUUACGCUGUUGCUUCUAAAUUUCAAGCCAUUCGUGGACUAAUUUCUGAAUAUAAAGCAAACAAGAGACAUAAAAGUCUUCAAAAUAGCGAUCCAGAACAAGACUUAGAAAUGACAUCAGAGGGAGAGCAAGAAAGGCUUGAAGGAUGUGAAAGUAGCCAGCCACAGGUUGAAGAAAAAAUGAAGAAAUGCAGAAAUAAGAAAACGGAAGUGUCAAGAAACGUACAUGCUGAUGACAGUGACAAUUAUAAUGAUGAUGUUGAUGAAUUAAUUCACAAAAUAAAGAACAGAAAACCUGAUAAUCAUCAAUUUCCCGAGGAGGAGAAUGACGAGUUUGAUAGGCUUGCAAGGAAAACCUUUAAUGAAAAGAGCAAGGUUAAAAGCCAAAUAUAUUUCAGGGAUGACCUUAAUGACAUAAGUGAGUCAUCUGAAAAAACCUCAGAGGAUGAUGAGUUGCCUUACUCUGAUGAUAAGAAUUUUAUGUUACUCAUUGAACAACGUGGAAUGGACUGUAAAGAUUUUGUUAGCCUGUUGAAAAUCAAGGAUGCAACAGCUGCAUGUGAAAGAUCAAUAGAGGAUAAAAAAUGUUACUGUGAACGACUUAAAGUAAAAUUUCAAAAAAUGAAAAAUAAUAUUAGCGUACUACAAAAGGUACUAUCUGAAACAGACAAAACCAAAUCACAGUUAGAGCAUCAGAAUCUUGAAAGGAAGAAAAAGCUCUGUAAUUUGAGAUUUAUCUUACAAGAAGAAGAAGAAGAAAGAAUAAAGGCUGAAGAGUUGUUUGAAAAAGAUACAGAAGAGUUAAAAAUAACGGAAGAGCAAUAUGUGACACAAACUGAAGUGAAACAACUUAAACUGGCUCUCAAAUCAUUGGAAGUGGAAUUGAAGACUGUUAGAAGUAACUCAAAUCAGAAUUCUCAUACUCAUGAAAAAGAAAGAGACCUGUGGCAGGAAAAUCACUUGAGGGAUGAAAUUGCCAGACUUGGGCUGGAAAUUGACACAAUAAAACAUCAGAACCAGGAAACUGAAAAUAAAUAUUUCAAAAAUAUUGAAAUUAUAAAGGAAAACAAUGAAGACCUUGAAAAGACUCUAAAGCUGGAUGAGGAAACAUUAACAAAAACAAUAACCCGGUAUAGUAAAGAGCUUAAUGUUCUGAUGGAUGAGAAUACAAUGCUCAAUUUUGAGCUAGAGAAGGAAAAACAAAGCAAGUCAAGACUGGAAACAGAAAUGGAAUCAUACCGUUGUGGACUGGCUGCUGCCCUAUGUGAUCAUGAUCAAUGUCAGUCAUCAAAAAGAGACCUACAGCUUGCUUUCCAGAGCACAGUGAAUGAAUGGUGUCAUUUACUAGAAAAUAGGUAUUCUCACAUUCAGAUUCUUUCUCAGCAACUUUCUAAAGCUGAGAGUACAUCCAGUGGCCUGGAAACUGAGCUCCGUUAUGAAAGAGAGGCUCUCAAAGAAAAGACGUUGGGUAUAGAACACGUGCAAGGAGUCCUAAGCCGAACACAGUGUCGAUUGAAGGACAUUGAACACAUGUACCAAAAUGACCAACGAAUUUGGGAAAAAUACGUGAGAAAGCAGCAAUCUGUAGAGGAUGGACUAUUUCAACUACAAAGCCAAAAUCUGUUAAUUCAACAGCAAUGUAAUGAUGCUCAUAAGAAAGCUGACAAUUGGGAAAAAACAGUAAUUAAUAUCCAAGCCAAAUGUGAAGAUACUGUAGAAGAACUUCAAGCUGAGUGUAGAAAGCUAGAAGAGAACAAUAAGGGGUUGAUGAAGGAAUGCACUCUUUUAAAAGAAAGACAAUGCCAAUAUGAAAAAGAGAAAGAAGAAGGAGAAGUAGUCGUGAGACAGCUUCAAAGAGAAGUGGGUGAUGCCCUGAACAAACAAUUGCUGUCAGAGGCUAUGCUAGAGAUUUCAUCACAACAUCGUGUUAAUUUAGAAGAUGAGACACGAAAUUCAAAAAAGAAAUUAGGCCAGAUGAGAAGUCAAGUAUGUAUGAAACUUAGCAUGUCAACAGUUACUCUGUAGCUGGUUAAAUAAUAUCAAGUGUUUCAGGACACUAGUUUCAGUGGAGAGCUUUCUUUUGUAUUUUCAUUAUAAUUAUUUUUAUUAAAAUUUGGUUAUAAUACACCCAUUUCUCAAUCUCUGCCAUGUUUUAUAAUUAUAAAUAUUUUUCUUACACUAUUUCCCUUUAUGAAAGUUGAGAAUUACACAUCAUUUCUCACAGAAGAUUAGAGAAUUCUUUUUUCUUUUUACAGUAUAUUUUUAGUGAUUUUUUUCAUUGCCACGUGGAGACAAGCCAGAUUAAUUCAGAGGAUAAUGUCUAAUGGAAUGUUUCAGAAAAUUUUCUUUUUUUAAUCUCUACUUUUCUGUGUGAAUAAAGACUUGUGCUUACUUAUUUCAUGGGUUUCUGGUUAACUGGUACAGAAAGGCCAUUCUGCAGAAUAAAUUAGUAUUUUGAUGAAAAUCCUUACUCUGACUUUAUAUUGGGCUGUAGUCGUAGUCAUAUGACUAUGGACAGUUAGCAUUUGCCAGCAUGUAUGUGUCUACUUUCUCUUGUUUAAAACAAAAACAAAAAACUUUACAAAUGGGGUUAUAGAAGGUCAGCAAAGGGUAGGUUUGAGAUGUUUGGGUGGGUCAAGUGGGCAUUUUGACAACGUGGCUUCUCCUUUGGCAUGUCAAUGGACAUCCCUGCAUUUUAAGAUGACACUUUUAAAUAAAUUCUCUCCUAAUGAUGACGUGAGCCCUGCCACUCAAUAGGAGAAUCUAUCUAUUUUAAUUAUUUUUCUGUUUAUUUUAAAAUUUUCUUGUGGUUUCCCUGGAAAGGAAAGAUGAUGCUUAGUUUUAAAUGUUAAAAAUGGGUCGAGCGCGGUGGCUCACGCCUGUAAUCCAAGCACUUUGG